GGCGAGCGCUGGUGUGGACGGGAAGCUGCCGGCCCGGCGGGCUAACUGGAGCACGGACGCUGCAGCCGGUUGGGCCGGUGCCCUUUCCCGCUCUGGGAAGGAAGAGAGAUGGAAGUGAGGAAGUUGAGCAUUUCCUGGCAAUUCUUGAUAGUUCUGGUUCUGAUCCUGCAAAUUCUGUCUGCGCUGGAUUUUGACCCAUACAGAGUCCUAGGGGUCAGCCGAACAGCCAGUCAGGCUGAUAUUAAAAAGGCUUACAAGAAGCUCGCCCGGGAAUGGCAUCCUGAUAAAAACAAAGACCCUGGGGCCGAAGACAAGUUCAUUCAGAUCAGCAAGGCUUACGAGAUUCUUUCCAAUGAAGAAAAGAGAACAAACUACGAUCACUAUGGGGAUGCUGGAGAGAACCAAGGCUACCAGAAGCAGCAGCAGCGCGAGUAUCACUUCCGCCAUUUCCACGAAAACUUUUACUUUGAUGAAUCAUUUUUCCACUUCCCUUUCAAUUCGGAGCGACGGGACUCCAUUGAUGAAAAGUAUUUAUUGCACUUUUCCCACUAUGUGAAUGAAGUGGUGCCAGACAGCUUCCGGAAGCCCUACCUCAUUAAGAUCACCUCUGACUGGUGCUUCAGCUGCAUCCAUAUUGAACCAGUCUGGAAAGAAGUCGUUCAGGAACUGGAAGGGCUGGGUGUGGGAAUUGGUGUCGUCCAUGCAGGCUAUGAGAGGCGCCUGGCCCAUCACCUGGGAGCCCACAGCACACCCUCCAUCCUGGGGAUCAUAAACGGGAAAGUCUCCUUUUUCCACAAUGCGGUAGUCCGGGAUAACCUCCGGCAGUUUGUAGAAAGCCUUCUUCCAGGGAACUUGGUGGAGAAAGUUACAAGCAAAAAUUAUGUCAGAUUCCUCACUGGCUGGCAGCAAGAAAAUAAACCUCAUGUCCUUCUGUUCGACCAGGGACCCUCAAUACCGCUGCUCUAUAAGUUGACUGCUUUUGCAUACAAAGAUUACUUAUCAUUUGGGUAUGUGUAUGCUGGCUUUCGAGGGGCUGAGGAGAUGGCAAGACAGUACAAUAUCAAUGUCCAGGCCCCCACCAUCCUCAUCUUCAAGGAGCACAUAAACAAGCCAGCUGACAUGAUCCAGGCGCGCGGGCUAAAGAAGCAUGUCAUUGAUGACUUCAUCACCCAGAACAAGUACUUAUUGGCAGCCCGUCUCACCAGCCAGAAGCUCUUCCAUGAACUCUGCCCUGUGAAGCGCUCUCACCGACAGAGGAAGUACUGUGUGGUCUUGCUGACUGCAGAGGCCACCAAGAUGAGCAAAGCCUUUGAGGCCUUCCUGUCCUUCGCCUUGGCAAACACACAAGACACAGUGAGAUUUGUGCACGUGUACAGUGGCCGGCAGCAGGAAUUCGCCAGCACCCUGCUCCCCAACAGCGAGGCAUUUCAGGGGAAGUCAGCGGUGUCUAUAUUAGAAAGGCGCAACACAGCUGGAAGGGUGGUGUAUAAAACGCUGGAAGACCCCUGGACCGGGAGUGAAAGUGACAGAUUUGUCCUUCUGGGUUACCUUGACCAGCUGCGGAAAGAUCCAGCCCUUCUGUCCUCAGAGGCUGUGCUUCCAGAGUUGAUGGAUGAGCUUGCCCCUAUGUUCCUCUUGCGGUGGUUCUACUCUGCCUCAGACUACCUCGAAGACAUCUGGGAUAGCGUGUUUCACAACAACUGGCGGGAGAUGAUGCCCCUGCUGUCACUCAUCUUCUCGGCCCUCUUCAUCCUCUUUGGCACCGUCAUCGUCCAGGCUUUCAGCGACUCGAAUGAGGAGCAGGAGUCCCAGCCCCCAGAAAAAGAGGAAGUCCCUGAGAAGACCGGGAAGACAGAGCCGAGCUUCACCAAAGACAUCAGCAGCAGGAUUCCUAAGAAAGGCUUCGUGGAGGUCACUGAACUCACAGAUGUGACGUACACCAGCAACCUGGUGCGCCUGAGGCCUGGCCACAUGAACGUGGUCCUCAUCCUGUCGGCCUCCACCAAGAACAGCCUGCUGCAGAAAUUUGCUUUCGAGGUCUACUCAUUCACUGGGAGCAGCUGCCUGCACUUCUCCUUCCUGAGCCUGGACAAACAUCGGGAAUGGCUGGAGUACUUGCUGGAAUUUGCUCAAGAUGCAGCCCCCAUCCCAAACCAGUACGAUAAGCAUUUCAUGGAGCGGGACUACACAGGUUAUGUACUAGCUCUGAACGGCCAUAAGAAAUAUUUCUGCCUUUUCAAGCCCCAAAAAACAAUGGAAGAGGAAGAGGCCAUGGGGGUGAGCAGCGAUCUGGACUCCUCCCUCCACCUGGGCGAGUCUCGGGGGAAGUCUUCCUGCGUGGGGUCCAAGCCCAUCAAAGGCAAGUUGAGCAAGCUGUCCUUGUGGAUGGAGCGGCUGCUAGAAGGAUCCUUACAGAGGUUUUAUAUCCCAUCGUGGCCAGAACUAGACUGAGUCGAUUUCUAAAAGAGAUGCGAACUCCUCUGAUUUUUAACAUGCCCCAGGAAACAGGUAUUUUCAGGACUCAAGCUAUCUCACUGAACAGAGUAGAGAUUUAGGAUUACUCUUCAGAACAAUGCCUAGAAGAUUCUUCCUCUGCCCUGCCCUCACCUAGGACAGGUUUGAAUUCCCUAAAUAAGAACACUUGCCUUUGGGUUCCCCUGUCCUCAUCUGAA